AUGAAUUCAAAAAGUCAACCCAGUGAUGCUGAAUCGCAUUUCCGUCAAGUGGAAAAGUUUGAUUUUGUUGUUGCUCUUGUUAUCACACAGAAUAUUCUGGAUCAUACCUUAUCCUUAACAGUCCAACUACAGCAAAAGAAAAUCGACAUCGCAGGAUCCCUUAAGCACAUCAAUGUUUUAAAGGAUAACCUGGCGAAACUACGUUCUUCUGUCGACAAGUAUCAUAAUCUAUACUACGACAAGGCACUGGAAUUAGCUGGAAGGUAAAAUUGUGCGAUCCCAAGAUUCCCAGGAUAUGUGAUGUUCAGACAAACCGUGAUAAUUAUCCCACCAACACAGCAUGUGAUUACUACAGGUUAAAGCUAACCAUUCCACUUCUUGACCAUGUCAGCAGGGAAAUCGAAUCUCGUUUUCCGUCGGAGAUGUGCAAUCUUUACAAUUGCUUUUAUGUAAUUCCUAGCAACUUUCUUCACUGCAAAGGUGUGAAUUGGAAGACUGAAUUUAUGAAAUUCAUGGCCAGAAUUCAUGCAGAGUUAGACCUAUGGGAAACCAGUUGGAAUGACAACAUCGCUGAUACUCUAAGAAAUUGCAAUGAACUUGCAUUCCCAAAUAUUUAUGUGGCCCUUAAAAUCCUGGCAGUUAUACCUGUCACCACUUGUGAAUGUGAACGUUCAGUCUCAGCUUUGUGGCGCAUAAAGACUUGGCUAAGAACCACAAUGACAAACGAGAGAUUAAACGGGUUAGCUUUGAUGCACAUCGAUACUCUAAACGUUGACGAAGUGAUGAAUACCUUUGCACGACAAAAUCCAACUCUCAACGAAGAAAGUCGGCAUUAA